CCGAUUAUGUCACAUCGAUCAGACUCUGCAGCAGCAGCAGCAGGAGCCGGCGAGGCAACAGCAGCGGCUGCGGGGCGAGCCGAAGGAACGGGCGCGGCUCAGCCACAAUUCACGCUGGGGUUUGCAUGCUGCUUGCUUCCCCUUUGCUGUGCCACUGCCAAGAGUUGGUGAGCAGCCCUGGCCUGAGGUGCCAGGGAAGAUGGCUUCAACGCCACCCUGUUUGCUGAUGCUCUGGCCAUUGGUUCUGCUUCUCUGUGAGCCAGCAACAUCCAUUGAGUUUCCCAAAGGCUUGCAACAACCGCCUGAAUUCACAGAGCAGCCAGAGAAGAAGAUUGUGGUGUUCCCCACUGAUGAAGUCACCCUGAAAUGUGAGGCUACUGGGAACCCCCUAGUGACGUUCCGCUGGACCAAGGAUGGGCGUGAGUUUCAUCCACAGGACAUGCCAGGGAUGAUGCAACGGAAUGGUGGAGGGACCUUGAUCAUCACAACAAAUAAUGGGAACGCGGCUACCAAAUUCCGGGGGUUGUAUCGGUGUUAUGCCAGCAACAUUCAGGGCACUGCCAUGAGCUCCGAAAGCGAGAUCAUUGCUGAAAGUGCUCCACAGUGGCCAAAGGAGAAGGUGGCACCCAUUACAGUGGAGGAAGGGACCCAUACAGUCUUACCCUGCAACCCACCCGCCAGUGCUGUUUCACCCAAAAUCUACUGGCUGAAUAGCAAGAUUGAGCAUAUCACACAGGAUGAACGAGUCACCAUGGGCCAGGAUGGGAACCUUUAUUUUGCCAACGUCCAGAUGAAGGACAGCCGCCCUGACUAUAUUUGCAACGCCCAUUUCCAAGGUCCCCGAAUCAUCAUCCAGAAGGAGCCCAUUGAACUAAAAGUCUUUGCCACCAACACCUUCUUGCACCAGAAGCCGAUUCUAAUUGUGCCGAAUAAGAAAUCCAGUACGUACGUGGCACAGCAGGGGAAGGCUUUGGUACUGGAAUGCAUCGUGGCAGGACUCCCUACACCAACUGUGAAAUGGAUCAACAUGAAUGGACUGAAUCUUUCAGACCGGGUGGUCUUUGAGAAUGCAAAUAAAACCUUACGCAUCCCAAACGUGGUGGAGGAUGACGAUGGAGAGUAUCAGUGCAUUGCUACCAACACCCAUGGCUCUAUCACCCACACCUACUAUGUGACUGUUGAAGCUGCUCCAUACUGGAUAAAAAAGCCAGAGAGCCAGAUCUACGCACCGGGAGAGACCAUGCGCUUGGAUUGUGAGGUUUAUGGGAAACCCAAACCAGAGGUGAUGUGGAGAAUAAAUGGGAUCCCGCUAGAAGAGGUGAUGCCAGACCCCAAAAGGGAGGUGCUGCCAGGAGCUUUGAUCCUCCGCAAGGUCCAGCCAAAUGAUACAGCAGUGAUCCAGUGCCAAGCCCAAAAUAAACAUGGCAGUAUCCUGGCCAAUGCAUACAUCCUAGUUGUCCGUCUGCCAGCAGAGAUCCUGACCCAAGAUGGCAUAGUGUACAGUGUGGUAGAGAACCAGACAGCUAUCCUGCACUGUGAGACUUUUGGGGCACCUAGGCCCACUGUGAAGUGGUUGACAGAAGACAUGUACUUCAUUGUGGAAGAUUACCGGAGCUCUCUAUCCACAAAUGGAACCCUGAAGCUUAAGGAAGUCCAGCGUAGUGAUGCAGGAAAUUUCACGUGCCUUGCUGAGAAUGAUCAGAACAAUAUCUCCAUCGUUGCUCACCUUGUUGUCAAAGGAGCCACACAGUUUGAAGUGGAGCCUACAAAUGCAGAGGAGAAGAAAGGUGGCAGUGCAACAUUCCAUUGUAAGGUGGUGUUCGAUGAGACCAUCCCAGAGCAUGGUAUUGAGUGGCACCGAAAAGGGCAGCUAAUUGAGGAGUCCGAUGACAAUGACAAAUAUUUCAUUAAUGAGACUUCCCUGACAAUCACCGACCUGGACUACUCUGACCAAGGAAUAUACAGCUGCCUCGCUUGGACAACUCUUGACUCUGUGGAGAAAAGUGCCAAGCUUUUCGUGUAUGGCAAUCCUGGCCCUGUGUCAAAUCUGGAACUAUCAGAGCAGCAGGAGUGGCAGGUGAAGUUGAUAUGGACACCAGGAGAUGAUCACAACAGGCCCAUCAAGGAGUAUACUGUGUUUUGCGAAGAAAACAACUUUGGACAAGGAAAAAUGGAAUGGUUAGCCACUGUACCAGGAAACCAGCCAUGGGCAGGGCUUCACCUCUCCCCAUUCAGGAAUUAUUACUUCUAUGUGCAGGCCAGAAAUGACCAAGGGGAAAGUGAGCUAAGUUCCCGCUCUCCCAAUUACAUCACGAAAUCUGCAGCCCCUAGGCGGAAUCCAUCUGAUGUCAGAGGAGAGGGGAAUGAGACCACUAAUAUGAUCAUCACCUGGAUGCCCUUGCCUCACAGGGAGUGGAACUCUCCAGCACUGAAAUACCUUGUGCAGUGGCGGCCCAAGAACCAAGGCCAAUGGGACGAAGUGGAGGUGGAGCAUCCCCCUGUGGUGGUGACAGACACCCCUGUCUUCUCACCCUAUGAGGUCAAGGUGCAGUCACGUAAUGACUUUGGCAAAGGACCUGAACCUCCCACCACUUUAGGCUACUCAGGGGAGGAUGUUCCUGAGGCCAUCCCUGAGAAUAUAGGAGUCGAGAUAAUUAACAGCACCACCAUCAAGCUUUCCUGGGCCUUGCUAAAUAGAGAGAAAGUUUUUGGCCAUCUCAAGGGAUUCAAGGUUUAUUAUAUCAACUUGAGGAACAUGGCAGAGCGUAGCCGUCGGCAGGCCCGUAUUCACACCCAUCCCCGUGGGGAGCUAAAGAUUGAGGGAGAUGUGUCUGAAGUUCAGCUAGGGGGCUUCAGGCCCUGGAGCUGGUAUCGGGUUGAGAUGACUGUGCUCAAUGGGCGGGGGGAGGGGCCCCUCAGCGAGGCUAUGGAAUUUAACACACCUGAGGGAGUCCCUAGCCCCCCAGCAUCCUUUCACUUGGAUUGCCUCUCGGACACAGAACUGCUUCUGGAGUGGACGCGCCCCAAAUUCCCCAAUGGGAAAUUGCUGAGAUAUGGGUUGAAGUACCAGCCAGCCAUCCAGACAGUCAACCAGACAAAAAUUGCGCCCAUCACAGAGAUCUCACCUAACAGACAUAACUACACCGUCAGUGGGCUUCCUGCCCAUAUUCCCUACAAGUUCUUCUUGUGGGCAGAAACUAGUGUGGGGCUGGGGGACCCCAUUAUCCUGGAGGAGCAUGCAAUGCGUGAGUCAGUGAACCUGAGCUUUCUGAACAUCAGUUUGGGUGACACAGGGGAGAACUAUACCACCAUCACCUGGACCCCACAUCCAAACCAGCGAGGUGUGGAAAUUGGAGUCCAUCUUAUGAGCAAGACAGAUAAAGAACCGUGGCAUAUUGUAGGAAAAGCCAACUCCAGGCAGGGUUCAUACAGCAUCCCAGACCUGGAGCCAGGCAAACAGUAUCGGGUCCGGCUUGUGAAAGAACACCGUACCGGGGAUAAUCAAACCAUAUGGGAGACAGAAGUAGAAACCAGCGGUAUUGUUCGUGAGACUUUCCAGAAGAGCUUUGCUGCAGAAGGUUGGUUCAUCGGCUUUGUGAGUGCGAUUGUCCUCCUCAUCCUGGUUCUGGUGCUUCUCUGCUUCAUCAAGCGCAGCAAGGGCGGCAAGUACUCGGUGAAAGAUAAAGAGGACACCCAGGUGGAUUCUGAAGCCAGGCCCAUGAAGGACGAGACCUUUGGGGAGUACAGUGAUAACGAGGAGAAACCUUUCACAAGCAGCCAGCCCUCUCUGAAUGGCGACAUAAAGGCCCUGGGAAGCGACGACAGUUUGGCUGACUAUGGGGGCAGCGUGGAUGUUCAGUUUAAUGAGGAUGGCUCCUUCAUCGGCCAGUACAGCGGUCACAAGGGCAAAGAUGGAGGUGGAAACGACAGCUCAGGGGCUGCUAGCCCCACCAAUGUGGUCACUGCCCUGGAGUAAGAGGGGUCUUUUUCCCAAAGGAUACCCCCUCAACCCUGGGAGAAGAGGAUUUCCCUGUGGAUUAUUGGGUGAGGGCACAGGGAUAAUCCCCUCCUCACCAAGGGAAAGAAACAAAGAAGUAAUCUCCCUCAAAUGGAAGUGGUAAUUGGGGGAAUUCACUCCUUUGUUUACUUAUCUGAUCCUUCCCCAUCAGGAAGGGUUAGAGAAUCAGGGGAUUCCCAAAAUUAUCCGCCCAACCCUGAGCAAAGUCAGUCUCUCAUUUCUGCACCCGCCACCCCAAAAAAACAAUUAUCCUUCAGCCAAAUUAUGUGUGUGUGUAUGUGUGGCAAGGAGGGAGGGGCAAUGACAAGAUCAAAGGGCUGGGUUUAUAAAGAUGCAGAAGGGGCUUAGUGGGGCUCAGGGUCCGAUACUGCCAAAAGAACUGAUGAUGACCUCCUUCCCAAGAAUGUUCAUUCUUUGUACAUGUUUAGGGAGUGGCUGUUAAUUGGUACGGCAAAGUCCCACCCUGCCCCAAACAAAACAGCCAAUGGAAUAGGAAGAGCCAGCAGACCUGUGAUCUUUUCCCUGCCUCUGCAAACAACAGGAUGGCUAGUGGGGUAGAUGAAAGGACUGGGAGCCAGAAUCUGUGUGUUUGAUUCUCAGUUCUGGGAAAGGAAUGAGUAUCAGUGGGCUGGAAAGUUACAAGGCUAUGGGCCUUUGAUUCUGCUAUGCAUCCCCUUCUUUUCGUGGAUUAAGCCAACUGAGGUUUCCUAACAUUUGUACUUGGGGGAGGUGUGCUCCAGCUGAAUUCUCCUGAACUUCACUGUGUAGAUCUGUCAAUCCUUCUGUCCUUUUUUGCUUGAUUUCCCAACCAUGCCUUGUCCAGGUCGCAGUCCCCUCGGAACAGUGGCUUUCAAACUUUCUGUCCUAAGGAAACCCUUUCCUCAUCAGCUUGUCCACUGAGCUAUUCCUGCAUGUCUGCCAUGGAACUCUCUGUGUUUCAAAGGAUUCUGGGACAUAGUCUAGGGGGACAUACUUAGUUCAUGUGGAGCAUUGGUCUGCUGGGCCUCAUAGGUACCCCUUGCAAACUGAGUCCACCCUAGAACACUCCCUUGAAGCUAAGCAUUGCAGUGGAAGAUUAGUAGUGGUAACCAAGGGGUCUUUCAAGAAAGCUUAUCUGUCAUUAUUCAUUGAUGAAUCCCAAGAGGCCUCAGGGUACCCUGGAGACACAGUUUGAAAACCAGAACUCCCAGAACUUUGACCCCUUCGGUGCUGAAUUUCCCACUUAGGGUGGUCUCUCUCUUGUCCCUUUCUCCUUUUGGGUGCCACAUUAAUUCAUGUACUCCUUCUGAUGACCAAAGUCCAGGGUUCCUUUCACUGGGCCAAUUCUCUACCAUUUCAGAAAUACCAUCCUCUUUCCAUCUUCCCCAAACCCAACUUCCCCACAAACAACAGAACAACCCAAGAACCUCUGUGCUUCUUAAAUGCAUCUCACGCAGCUGCCUUGCGACACGUUCUGUCUUUCAAAAGUGGCCUCUUGUUCACCGAAUCAACCACACCCCCAUCUCCACCUUGUCUGGUGUAAUUUUUUCCCUCUUGCUUGUUGGGGAUGAAAUAAAUCCUUGCUUUUUUUGCAUAAAAAGUUUUUUAAAGUAAUAAAAUAAUAAUAAAAGUACUCUGAUGUUUUAAGCAACCCUACACAAAAUAAACCUUGCAUUUUCCCCGGUCUGUAAAUAUUUCAAACCCUCGUGCUUGAGUUUGUUUUAGGUAUCUUAGGAUGUUUUGAAGUCUUCUAGUUGGUCUAUUUAGGUGGCUUGGAAUUUAAAAAGGAAAAAACAUUUUAAAAGGUCCCCUUUCUUCUACUCUGUAAUGCCAUUUCUCUUCCCCCCCCCCAAGCUCCCUGCCCUGUGUAUUCUUCUCUUUUGUCAGGUCUGUUGCUAUCUACCUUUCUCUCUCAAUGGCUUUUUUAAUAUAUAUAUAUAUGUAUAUAUAAACAGAAUUAUAAAAUGGUAAAUAAAUGCUGAAAUUGAAGCUUGCUUGG